CAUAAACAUUGACUUUUGUUCCAGCUCUAGCGCGACGGCUUCUAGAACAAAAAAAAAGUCGAAUUCGCGAAUUGCUGAAAACGCCGCUGCGGAAAUUCUGCCAGCCGAAUGAAAAGCACCGCUGCGGAGUGUGCGGGUGAAUUGCGAACGGAGCGUAAGAUAAAAGGCACGAAUAGCUGAGAGGCGUCACGUAGACGGCCGACUGAUCGAUAUUCAAUACAGGCGCAGAGCAACACACACACGCGUGUGUGUGCCACUACACACAUACACACACACACAUGGAGAACACUCGAGGUGGCGAAAAUAUCGUAGAAUUGGCCAACGGGGGUAAGGAUUUGGCCAAGAAAUCCCCGGAGCAGGUGGAAAAUGAAGAAAAGUUGGACGGAACUACACUGGAAGAAACGGGCGAAGAGCCCAAGCACCGGGAAACGCCUCAAAAAUGGGUAAACAACGAGGCGGCGGUGGAAAACAACAACGCAAAUGCCCGCGGAAAUGUCAGUCCAACAACUACAGGCGCAAAAGAAGCAGCAGCAAUAAAUACACAACCAACUACAAACAGCAACACAAUACCCACACAAAAGCAACAAAUGCAGUCAGGCGAUGGGAAUGCAAAUAACACAACAACAAAAGCAAUAACAAAGCCAGCAGCGGAAAAUGAAGAAGAAGCAACAGUAGUUGUAGUAACAAAAACAACCACUGCAGCGGCGGUAGCAACACCAACGACAACAAAUGCCUUGGCAGAGACAACAAUAACAGCCACAAACACAGACGAGAAGACAGGUAAAGUAAAGCGAAAUUCGCAGAAAACAAAUCCAAUGCCAACUAAUGUGAUUUACACCCCACCACCCACAGAUGAGCGCAAUCACAAAAAACAGAAGAAGAAAGAUAAGGAGCGGGAUGACGAUAAGAAUCGACGCAGCAGCAGCAGUUACAACAACAGUAGGAGCAAGGAUCGGGACAAGGAAAGGGAGCGGGAACGAGAGCGCGACAGGAACCGCGAUAGCAGCUCCAAAACCUCCAAGGAGAGCGACUACAAGUCCAGUUCAUCGCGCAGCAAGGAAAAGAAGUAUCACCGCAGCGAUAGGGACAGAGAAAGGGAGAGGGAGCGCGAUCGGGAGAAGAUUCCCUCCUCAUCAUCCAGUUCCUCCUCGCACUCCCACCGUCGACGGAGCUCCGACAGCAGCCGGAGCAGCCAGAACAGCUCCUCCAAGUCAAAGGAUCCCGCGGCGGAUCAGGUUUUGCCACAGGCGGUGGCUGCUGCCCUAGAGCAGCAAAUUAAAGUGGAGGAGGGCAUCAAAAAAGAACCAGUAGAAACGAAAAUAGGAGCGGAAAUAGAACCAUCAUCAGUACUUAGUAACCACAUCAAAACUGAAGCAGAAAUCAAAAAGGAAUCGACGGUGGAGCCAGUCAAAACAUUAGUGAAUGGCGACGCGGCAGGCAAAACCCGCGAGGAGGUUACCAGACAGCUAAACUUCGGGGACAAGAGCUCUAAUUCGAAUCUAAUGCCAUCACCGGCACCGAAAACAAGUUCCGGUUCAAACUCCUCCACCAGCAAUCAUUCCUCCAGUCAGAGCAGCAGCAACCGCAAGCCCUACACAUCAUCGUCGUCUUCAUCCUCCAGUAACCAUCACAAGAGUUCCUCAUCGUCAUCUUCCCGCCAUUCUUCAUCGUCAUCUCGGGACUGCUCCAAGUGCUAUAAACGCUCUAAAAUACGUCGAACGAGCGUUGGGGUUCAGUGCUUGCAACAUGCACCUGAAGCUGGACCGUGGCAAACAGUUCAGAGCCUGUCGCCAAGGCCUAACCGGAAACCACCAGCUGGCUUAGAGAACCUUAAGUACGGCUGCUAUUUCCAGGUGGAACAGUAUCCGAACGGAGGAGCCUCCAUUGUUCACCUGUAUCAGCAUGAAAUCGAUGCAUUGUCAACGGACGAAAUGGAGGAACUGGUAGAUGAAUUUUUUGAGGUCUGCUUUGCCGAGGAUGAACAAGGUUACGCUCACCAUGUGAUGGGCAUUGUCCACGAUGCGGCGCGGUAUUUGCCCGAUUUGCUCGAGCACAUGGCCGAGAACUACUCAACGCUGACCGUGAAGGCGGGUGUUCUUGGACGCAAUUCGGACAUCGAAACUUGCACGAUGUCGCAAUACAAUGAGCAGGUGGUUCGCAAUUAUUGCCAAGGAACCUUCCGAUAUGGACCACUGCAUCAAAUCAGUUUAGUUGGCAAAGUGCAUGAAGAGGUGGGCGGCUAUUUUCCUGAUCUUCUGGGUCGUAUUGAAAUGAACCCAUUUCUGCGAAAGACCAUGCCUUGGGCUUGCAAUUCCAUACUACAAACGGAUCCUCGUCAGUCGAACGACGGCCCGAUCCUCUGGAUACGCGCUGGAGAACAGUUGGUGCCGACUGCAGAGCUGAAUAGCAAGACUCCUCUAAAGAGGCAAAGAACUCGUAUCAAUGAGCUGAGAAACCUACAAUAUCUUCCCCGCUUGUCGGAGGCCCGCGAGACGAUGAUUGAGGACCGGACCAAGGCGCAUGCGGAUCAUGUAGGCCAUGGUCAUGAGCGCAUCACCACUGCUGCAGUUGGCAUACUAAAAGCCGUACACUGUGGACAAACGUAUUCGCAAAAUCGCAUCACAAAGGACGUGGUCGCUUUUGCCGCCCAGGACUUCAAUACAAUGGUGGAAAUGCUGCAGCUGGACCUGCACGAGCCCCCGAUCUCGCAGUGCGUGCAAUGGAUCGAGGACGCCAAGCUGAACCAGCUUCGCCGAGAGGGAGUCCGCUAUGCCCGCAUCCAGCUGUGCGAUAACGACAUAUACUUCCUACCACGCAACAUAAUCCACCAGUUUCGCACUGUGACGGCGGUGACGAGCAUAGCUUGGCACCUGCGCCUGCGACAGUAUUAUCCAGGACAGGAGGUGAUUAACGAGAAGAACAACCCUGUGUUGGCCGAAACGCCGCAUUAUAAGGAGAAGCAAACGAUCCUGCCCAACCCGAUUAGCCACGAUGAAAGUGGUAAAAAGACGCCCUUAAAACGGGCGCACGAUGGCAGGACAAAGAAAAAACUUAUUGACCUCGAUGGAAAGGAGCGGCGUUCCAGCGAGAGCAGUAUUGACGAACAGCCAUCUGCAGGAAGUUCUUCGCCAAGCCAGAACCAGGAAAGCAACAGCAACAGUAGCAGUCAGAGCAGCGCCAGUGGGGCUAGUACGCCCAAAAAGAAGACCAGCAAGGAUGACGCCAAGAUAGAUAUGAGGAAAAUGGUACUGGAGCACAAAUACAAGCUGACCAAAGCGGCGGUUGUCGCAACUCAAGAGAAGGAGAAGCCCAAAAAGGAUAAGGAGAAGGAAAAGUUCAGGGAGAAAGAUAGGGAUAAAGAAAGAGAAAGGGGCAAAGAAAAGGAGAAGGAGCGGAGGAGCGAACCAACGCCCAAAAAGCAUUCAACGCCAGCCAAAACCUGCUCCAUAAAUGAGCCUUCACCUGCCAAAAUUCCCCGUUUGGGCAAUGACACAGCCCCCAAUUCUCCCGCUCCUGUAGUUGUUCCUACAGCUGCUCCUACAGCUUCUACACUCAAACCUUUACUCACACCUAUAGCCAAACCGGCACCCCCUGUUCCCACUCUCCCUUUAGCUGCUGCACCACCCUUCCUGUCAGGACUGCCACCGCCACUAGUGCCUCAGACGCCCUUCAUCCAUCGCCUAAACCAAAAGGAGCCCGAGAUCAAGAUCCAAGUGAAAAUCGUAUCCGAUAGCAAAAGUGAUAUCAGUACCUACAAUUUAGCUCCACCAACAGCAGCAGUAGCACCACCUCCUCCGCCACCACCAGAUCCUGUUGAGGAUGUGGGCAACGAGCUCAUUGUAGAGAGCACACCUCAGUUGGUCGUUGAUCACGAAGAAGAGGUAACCGAAGUGUGUGCGGAGGAGAUUGUGGAAACGGAUAUACCGGUUCCUAUGGAAACAGCCCCAGCUAUUGCUCCUGCAACGCCAACUACGGGCUCUUUACCAAUAAGUACUGCUUUUCCACCACAAACUACUGCUUCUCCACCACUAACUACUGUUCCUUUACCGCCCACCCCCACUCCAACUCCCAUACCGCUAUCUAUACACCAAUUACCGCUACCAAUUGUAGCUGUUCCGCCGCCUCCGCCACCCGCUCAAAUUGUAAAAGUGGUUCUCCCAGCCUCUUUGACUCCUCUCACCAGAAUGUCUGUGGUAUUGCCACCCUUGCCGCCAUUACCGCCUUCUCGGGCAACUGCACCACCGCCACCACCGCCGCCACCGAGCACCAACAGCAGUGGCAACACCAUGCCCAUGGCAGCCACAGCUUCCCCGCUGAAACCCACCUACAAAACCAUUAAUUUGCCCCCCCACAAGAUCAUCAUCGCAGGCUCCACCGGAGUAAAUCGCAUCUCUAUAGCAAAAGGAACGAGCAAGAGACCUGUUGAUCUGUUGGGAUCCAUCAUGGCCAGCAUGGACAAGCCAGCGGGGAGUGGCUCCAAUAGUAACUCCUCAUCAUCGACAUCCUCGGCAACAACGAAUAGUUCGCUCUCCUACGCCAACUCCAACAAUAGCUUCUGAAAUUGGAAGGGGAAAUGGAAGGAGAGCGAAAGUAGAGGCUCCUAUUUGGACUUUAUGUGAAACUAUAUAUUUUGUAAAUUUAGAAGCUACUCGGGAUUCCGUUUAACGGAUUUCGAGGAGCUAAAUCGUUUUCAGAUCUCUAAACUCCGAACGAGAUUUUAAUACGUAAAUGUAUCGCUCACCUACUACAAAACUGCCGUGGCUUAAAAAUUUAAAUUUUAUUUUUGGUGAUGCGAAAAUAUUUGCUAAAUCAGUCUAUAUAUUUUGUAUAAGUGUAAUUAUACAAGUUUUAUGAAAAUAGUAAGUUCUUGUUAUCUAAUAUAGCUCUUUUAAGCCACAAUAGUUUUGAAGUGAGUGAGUGCAAUCUCCUCCAGUGCUGAGAGAUCUUCCUUUGUAUAUAGCCAAAAGCUUAUAUGUAGUCCUACACCUCACAUACAAACACCCCUAUAUUUGAUAACGAAACGUAGAUUUAUAAGCUCAAAAUGCGAGACACUUAUAGAAAUGUAGUUUUUUAAUUUAUUUACACCACCACACAGCAGGCACUUUUUAGAUACAACAAUUGAACUUUUUUAAAUGCAGGCAGGUACAUUUAACUGUUAUAGUGUGUAUUUUUUAAUGGCACGCACUUUAUUGGCCAGAGACACUCGUACUCGUUGAAAGUAUAAAUUGAAAGCCAUAAGGCUUGACAAGGUCCCAGUUUAAUUUCCUUCUUAACAACUUUUUUGAAAAGUGUUUUGAAAGUGCGUAGAACAAUACACACAUUGAUAAUUACAAUAUAUAUAUAUACACCAUAUAUAACUGUAGAAUUAAGCCAGCUUAAACGUUGAAGAAACAAUAAAGAUUCGGAUCGUACAAAAAUA